UUUUACAUUAUAAGGUUUAAAAUUUAAUAUAAGUACAAUGAAAUGACAGAAAGACAUCCACAACCGAUAAGUUGGAACUUAGUUUAACAACCUAUUCAAAUUGGUUUGGUUUCGCAAGAGUAAAAUCAUUUUCAGAAAAUAUGAAACACUUUUGUGUGUUGAUGACAUUAGUCCUUGGACAUGUUUUGGCAUUAUCAACAGAUUCCUUUAAACAGCACGUAAACCGUACAAACUGUAUGCUCAAACAAUUAAACUCAGAUCAAUUGGCCAAUAUAAUCACAUAUUACAUAAUGGAUCCUAUGGAUAUUGAGGCGGUGACUUCGCUUUUGGCCGCGCCAACGUCCAUUUUCAAUGAUGGAGGUUGGAAUUAUCCAGCUGGUCUGAGAGAUAACGAGGAAAAUAUAGUGGUCCGUAUGAAUUAUUAUGGGAAAGAACCUGGUGAACUGGACACAAACGUGGAGCAGUUAAAAUUGUAUGAAAUGGGAAUAGAAAGAAGAAAUAGACUUAAGGAAUCUGUAUUACGUUUACUCCAGUCAGUCGAAGGUUAUAUUCAAACCGCGGCUUUUAAUGUACAGCAGAGAUGUCGUUUAGUAGCGUUGUACGUAAAUGUAGAACAACCAGACAAACACAUAUUUUAUAGCAGUGCCUUCGACUUCAUCGGUAACGAGAAUAAUUGUCGUUUGAAAUAUAAUAAAUCUGACGAACGGGAACUCGUGUACAGAAUGUGGGAUGAUGGAUACUACUAUCUAGUAUAUGACAUAAAUGAAAGAGGCACCAAACUCACCCCGAUACUGGAACAAGUACAACCGUGUUGUUGUACAAUUUGUUAAAGAGACCUUGAAUAAAUACACAUUUCUUAAAACUUCUUUAAUAUGCUUUAUACAUUUGACAUAA